AUGAUACUUUCCUUAUCUGCCUGUUUCCACACUUUGCCUCAGGCCUUUGAUAGCACAUAUACACCAGCCACACUGAGCAAACCCCUAAAGUAUGGAUUCUUAAUCGGCACGGCAACCAAACUUGAGGCUGCUGAUUCCCUUAUCGCUAUGCCACAUGGGCACCAAGCAACCUCCAACGGCAUUGACAACAUAUUCGACAGUGGCACGGAAGACAGUUUCUUCAGCGAUCUUCUCUUCAGCUCCACCACAGAAGUGCCUCGGUUACAGGAUGGCUCAAGCCAGUCAGCUUUGACGACCAUGGCAACUGGUGAAGGCAAGGACCCCUUCGUCAUUGACGAUAGCACACAAGGCCAACUGGCACCAGCGAGACAUUCAUCAUCUGCUGGCACAGCAGCUUCUUCACAGAGGGCAGCUGCGAUGCCGUCUGCCGGGCUCGACGCCUUCUCAGCAUUUCAGCCUUUCGGCGGCGUUGAAGACCUUUUGGGAUGUGGACCCUCCAGCCCCACCAACAAACAAGCGUCUCCGCCGGCUCUGCCACUGCUCCAGCCACCGCCAGUGACGUUGAGCCAUUCGUAUCGAUACGGGCUACCUCGCUCCGGCACCGGAGCUCGGAGGCCUGAGAAGCAGUACGAUGGGACCUCGAACCUCGCAGGAGAGCUGUCCGGUGAGCCAAUAGCUCAGCAUUAUCAUCUGGGAUAA